GCGGCGCUGCAGUUCUACUAGGUCGCCGCGACCCCCAGGCAUCGCAUCCCUCGGGCUCCACUGAGGGGGGUCUGUUAGCCUACAGUGCCGCGCCGCCGGCUGCGGGCUUUGGAGCGGGGCGUUCCAGCAUCACUCCUGACCUCGGCGUUUUGUUAACGGAGACGCCAGCGUUGCCAGGAGCCUGCAGUCCCCUCGCCCGCCCCGGCGAGCUCCGCAGGUGAAUCUCUAGCUGACGGAGGAUGGCAACCUCCGGGGUGGAGAAGAGCAGCAAGAAGAAGACCGAGAAGAAACUUGCUGCCCGAGAAGAAGCGAAAUUGCUGGCGGGUUUCAUGGGCGUCAUGAAUAGCAUGCGAAAACAGAAAACACUGUGUGAUGUGAUCCUUAUGGUCCAGGAGAGAAAGAUACCAGCUCAUCGUGUUGUCCUUGCAGCAGCCAGUCAUUUCUUUAACUUAAUGUUCACAACCAACAUGCUUGAAUCAAAAUCCUUUGAAGUAGAACUUAAAGAUGCUGAACCUGACAUUAUUGAACAACUUGUGGAAUUUGCCUAUACAGCUAGAAUUUCUGUGAAUAGCAACAACGUUCAGUCUCUGUUAGAUGCCGCAAACCAGUAUCAGAUUGAACCUGUGAAGAAAAUGUGUGUUGAUUUUUUGAAAGAGCAAGUUGAUGCUUCUAAUUGUCUUGGUAUAAGUGUGCUCGCUGAGUGUCUGGAUUGUCCUGAAUUGAAAGCAACUGCAGAUGACUUUAUUCAUCAACAUUUUACUGAAGUUUACAAAACAGAUGAAUUUCUUCAACUUGAUGUGAAGCGCGUUACACAUCUUCUCAACCAGGACACACUGACCGUGAGAGCAGAGGACCAGGUUUACGAUGCUGCAGUCAGGUGGCUAAAAUACGAUGAGCCAAAUCGCCAGCCAUUUAUGGUUGAUAUCCUUGCUAAAGUCAGAUUUCCUCUCAUAUCAAAGAAUUUCUUAAGCAAAACAGUACAAGCUGAACCACUCAUUCAAGACAAUCCUGAAUGCCUUAAGAUGGUGAUAAGUGGAAUGAGAUACCAUCUGCUAUCUCCAGAGGAUAGAGAAGAGCUGGUAGAAGGCACGAGACCUAGAAGAAAGAAACAUGACUACCGCAUAGCUCUUUUUGGAGGGUCCCAGCCACAGUCUUGUAGAUAUUUUAACCCAAAGGAUUAUAGCUGGACGGAUAUCCGAUGUCCUUUCGAAAAGCGAAGAGAUGCAGCCUGUGUGUUUUGGGACAACGUAGUAUAUAUUCUGGGUGGCUCUCAACUUUUCCCUAUAAAACGAAUGGACUGUUACAAUGUUGUGAAGGACAGCUGGUAUUCCAAACUGGGCCCCCCCACACCUCGAGACAGCCUUGCUGCCUGUGCUGCAGAAGGCAAAAUUUACACAUCUGGAGGCUCUGAAGUUGGAAACUCUGCCCUGUAUUUAUUUGAGUGCUAUGAUACUAGAACUGAAAGCUGGCACACGAAGCCCAGCAUGCUGACUCAGCGCUGCAGCCACGGGAUGGUGGAAGCCAAUGGACUGAUCUAUGUGUGCGGUGGGAGUUUAGGGAAUAACGUGUCUGGGCGUGUGCUGAAUUCCUGUGAAGUGUAUGACCCCGCCACAGAGACAUGGACUGAACUGUGUCCAAUGAUUGAGGCCAGGAAGAAUCAUGGUCUGGUGUUUGUCAAAGACAAGAUAUUUGCUGUGGGUGGUCAGAAUGGUUUAGGUGGUCUAGACAACGUGGAAUAUUAUGAUAUUAAAUUAAACGAAUGGAAGAUGGUUUCGCCAAUGCCGUGGAAGGGUGUAACUGUGAAGUGUGCCGCAGUUGGCUCUGUAGUUUAUGUUUUGGCUGGUUUUCAAGGUGUGGGCCGAUUAGGACACAUCCUUGAAUAUAAUACUGAAACAGACAAAUGGAUUGCCAACUCCAAAGUUCGAGCAUUUCCAGUAACAAGCUGUUUAAUUUGUGUCGUUGAUACAUGUGGAGCAAAUGAAGAAACUCUGGAAACAUGAAAUGUGAGUGACCCUUGAAGACUCACCAGAUUAAGAAACUUGAGGACCAGUGCUUUGUUCCAAGAGUUCGGUUACAAAGUUUUAGUUUGGUCUUUUCUUUUUUUGAGGGAAGUUUCAUGUAAAAAGAAGAUCCCAUAAUUUUUUUAAAAUAUGGAUUCCCAUACUUAAUUUGAAGACCAUAUUUUACCUGGUCACAUAACCAAUGACAUGAUAUAGCAAAAAAUAUAAGAAUUUGGUAAAAAUACAAAUUCUAGAAUGAAUUUCACAUGUAUAGCUAUAAUUCUGACAGAGUGAUGUAUUGUCUUAUUAUUAGUAAAGCAGCCUUGUCUUAGCUCGAGAUUCUAUUUUCAUACAUUAUGGAAGUACUUUGUAAUUAGGUUUAUUUCUGUAUGGUUAAAAAUUAAGAAAAUAGUAUUCUAAGUCAAGACAGGCAACUCGGAUGGAGCAGCUCAGUCCCUUAAUUUGCUUGUCCUCGUCUAUUCCAUUUAGUGCCAAAUGAAUUCCAUUUUGAAAGCAAGCCAGAGUAAGUCAAGGCAUACACACACUAAAAAAUCUUUAUAAAUGCAUUUUGGGACUUUAAAAGUGUAACCAACAUGACAUGUAUUUAACCCAAAUAUCCAUUUUUUUUAACACAGUGUCAACCUUUGUGUCCAUCAUUGUUUCUAUCACUGUUUUACUCAGUGGUUAAAAAAUGAUUUUUCUUCUCAGUUUUCACUGUUGAAUGAUGAACUUAGUAAAAGAUAAAACUAUAGCAAAUUUCUUGGUAACUAGAAUAGCACGUAAUAGUUAUGUAAUAUCAGUACUGACUUUGAAGUUAUUACAGAUUUAAAAGGUACAUGAUUUCAUUACAGGACAUAUAAGAUAUUUUACACAGUUGUCCCAAAGUUUUGUAAUGAUUUGAAAUAAAUAUCCUCAUUAAUUUCAUACGCUCAAUAAAUAAUUUAUAAACCCACUGCUCAUUUUUUUCCCUAGUCAUUUUUUUGCCACAUUAA